AUGAUCGCAGCUUUGCUCCAUGGUCGUGUGCACUUGAAUUUCCAUGAAUUUCGUCAACAGAAUCAUCUUACGUUCUUCACACAUGUUUUGGGUAUUUUGGAGCUCCUGCAGCCCCAGGUGUUCCAUAGUGAGCAUCAAGAAGCCCUCUGGGACUGCCUUCUUUCCUUCAUCAAACUUUUACAGAAUUUCAGAAAGUAUUCCAGGCAGCUGGCUGCCUUCAUCAGUAAGUUUGUGCAGUUCAUCCACAAGUACAUCACAUGUGACGCUCAGGCAGCUGUGUCCUUCCUACAGAAGCACUCUGAUCCCCUACAUGCUUUGUCAUCAGAGAACAAUGAUCUUACAAUGCUUAAGUCCCUGCUAGCUGGUCUAAGCCUGCCCAGCAGGAGUGGGACUUUGGAGAAGAACCAGGAUGAGGACAAAGAAGAUGAGUGUGCUGCAGGAUCACUUCCCCUAGUCAGUGUCUCAAUGUUUACACCUCUCACUGCUGCUGAAAUGGCACCUUUCCUUAAGAGGAUCUCUCGUAGUCAUACAGUAGAAGAUAUCCUGCAGGUCCUGAGCGACAUAGAUGAAAUGUCAUUGCGUAGGCCUGAAAUCCUGUCUUUCUUUGCUAGUGAUUUUCAGAGGCUCAUGAGCUCCACAGAGGAAUCGUGUCGCAAUCUGGCCUUCGCCCUGGCCCUGCGCUCCAUUCAGUGUAAUCCCAGCAUUGCUGCAGAUUUUCUGCCUACCUUUAUGUACUGUCUUGGCAGUAGAGACUCUGAAGUGGUACAAACUGCACUGAAUAACCUGGCGGGUAUAUACUGUUAUGCCAAGAGCACGCGGCUGUACUUCUACACAGAGCUUUCCUGGUGGGAAUGUAUGGGCAGAUGGACACCAGCCCUCAGAUCUCUGAAGCUUUGAAGGUCCUUCACAUGGAAGCUAUAGUUCGAGAGAUUCGAGAGUGA